CCACCAAGACCCGGUGCAUUUCACGCGUUCCAGGUCUUCGAGCCGAGUAACGAGGCCUUCGCUAUCGCCAGCGAUGUCCAGCCGGAAAACAGACACGCGCCCAAGAGGAGCCACAUCCCCACCGCCUGCACAGAGUGUAAGAAGCGCAAGGUCCGAUGCGACGGCAAUUAUCCCUGCGGGCCAUGCCUCUCAUCCUCGGCGUCUUCGAGGGCACGUCGAAGACGAUGCUACUACAUCACGCCUCGACCACGCGUAAUGCCCUCUAAGAGAGCCCUUGAAGAUGCCUCUAGCUCUUUGGCUGACUGCCAUUCUAUACUUCGGCGACUAUUUCCAAUACACGACGUGCAGGAACUGCUCCCGCUGUCGAGAGAGGAUCUCAUCGCUCUGCUUCGCCUAGACCAACGCAGCGCGGCAGAGGCGCACAACGGCGCACGGCCGGAAGCGGUCCGAAACCCAUCACCUCUAAAUGAUAUCUACACUACAGCAGCUUCGUUGCAAUCUAACGAUGGCGGCUUGACAAUCCUGGAGCCGGUUCCGACGCCUGACGCAGAAUGGGACGAGGAGCGGCGCGAACGGGAGCAGGAGCAUGUGCCGGCAGAGGCUGACGAUGUCAACGCGCUCUCCUUUGCUCUGGACCGCCAGGUAUCUUAUUUGGGGAUAUCGUCUAUACGAGCUGCUCUACUUGUCAUGUUGAAGCUGCGCCCUUCACUAAGACAGGAGAUGGCCUCCGAUUCUGCGCCGGGUCUCCCGCGAAGACCUCUGGUGUACCUACCGAUGCGAGGUGAAAGCGAUGCCAGCAACAUGGCCUGGUCGCGUCGGGGCCAGGCGCUGGUGGACGCCUACUUUCGGACGUUCCACGUGUACAUGCCCAUGCUGGACGAGCCGGUCUUCCGAGCCGAGUUCGCCGGUGCGAAGAGCCGGGAAGACGAGCCCUGGCAAGCGUUGGCGAACAUGGUCCUCGCUCUCGGCAGCGUCGCCGCAGCAAGGUCGGACGACCAGGAGGCAGAGCACGCCGCCUACUACGAGAGGGCCGUGUCUUUGCUGCCCCUAACUGCCCUUGGCAGCUCCCACAUCGAGACAGUGCAGACCUUAGCGCUGAUGGGCGGGGAGUAUCUGCACUACGUGAACCGUCCUAACAUGGCGUAUGGUAUUCUUGGAGCUGCGAUCCGCAUGGCCGGCGCCCUGGGACUACACAAGGAAAUUCUGACGGCCCCUCCCCCGUCUUCUAUCCCGGCAGCCUUGCAAAAGGCCCUGGAGACGCGACGUCGCACAUGGUGGACUCUUUUCUGCGUAGAUACGUGGGCCACCAUGCUGACCGGGCGCCCGUCGUUUGGACGCUGGGAGUUGGCGACGAACAUAGUAAUCCCUGACGGGAGAGUGGCGGAGAAUGGCUCUUAUACCAGCGAUGCCGAGCUUCUGCGACAGCUUGCCGAAAGCGUCAAGUUUGCCAAGAUUGCUACGCGAGUUCAGGACGCAUUCGCCGUCUCGCCCAUUAUAGCCACGGCCCUGCGGCAAGACAUCGACAGCCAGCUCGCUGCUUGGCACCUGUCGCAAUCGUGGCCAUCAUCACGGACCAGAAGCCCCCAGAAAGCUAGCAGAGACAACGCGAGCUACCAGGACGCUGUGGGCGAUGAGGCGCCGUGGCGCUUCACGCAGAGCCUCAUGAAGUGGCGGUAUCAGGACCUACGCAUGCUACUGCACCGGCCGGUGCUUCUCUUCCUGGCGAACAGCGGAUGUAGCGACUGGGAAGAUUGCAGCCCUGACGAUGCGGCCGCGGUAAAGAUGUGUCUGGCGCUUGCAAUUGCGACGGUGGAAGAUGUCGAACGGGAGUGGACUCCCAGUCGAAUAGCUGGAUGGAAGGCUGCCUGGUAUCUGCAUCAGGCCUCGAUGGUUCCUCUACUUAUCCUCCUGUGGAACCCAAGAAACAUGCCGAACGAGGCAGUCAUGGAGCCUUGUCGUCGCGCAAUUCCCAUCGUCUUAAGCCUCCUUGAAGCCAUGAAGCCGUGGUCUUUGACUGCCAACCGCAGCUGCGCCUUGAUAGGCCGCGUCUUUGCAGCAGCU